AUGGACGGAGGAAUGAGGGGAGGUAGAGGAAGAGGGGAGAUGGAUGGAGGAAUGAGGGGAGGUAGAGGAAGAGGGGAGAUGGAUGGAGGAAUGCGGGGGCGAGGAGGAAGAGGUGGUCUGAGGGGACGUGGAGGAAAACAGCCCGGUAUCCCAGACUUCAGUCCCAACACUAUCCCCCUGGGAGGUGGGAGGACGGAGGACGACAUGGAGGGGGUUCCUUAUGACUACAGACCUCCACAUGAAGAGAUGAGAUCACAACAUGGACGACAGGAGGAAGACUGGCAGGAGUGGCAACAGGACCCUCCACUGGAGAAACCUAGAGGGCCUCCCCUGCCUGAAGAGGAGAUCUGGGUCCCUGAAGAGCACCACUACCCUCCAGAGGACUACUACGAAGACCCAGGGAGAGGAGGUCCCCCUAUGGGGAGAGGAGAGCCUCUAGACGGGCACCACUGGGAGGAAGCAGACCCCCCACCUCCAGAGUACUGGGGAGAGGAAGGAGGAGAUCCAUACUGGAUGGACCGGAGGCCCCCUCCUCAUGGCAUAAGAGGAGGCCCCAGAGCCCCCUUCCUCCCUGGGCGUGGUCGCCCUCCACGCGGCCGACCCGGCUUCAUGCACCAGGGGGGUCCCAGACGCCCCCUUCCGCCUCCUCACGGAGCCAUGGACCCCCAUGACCCUCUGGGGUCCCCCAUGGAGCCUCACGAUGACAUGGACCCUCUGGGACCCCCCCUGCAUCGAGACUACAACCCCCGCGGGCUGCCCACGCACCACGAUAUAAUGGAGAGAGACAUAAGGGGGCGUCCGCCUCCACCUAGAGAGAUGAUGGACAGAGAUCUGAUGGGGCCUGGUGGUCAGCCUCCAUACCACGACAUGGAGAGGGGCCCUGGAUGGCCCCCGGUCCCAGGACAACCCCCCCACCACGGCAGAGAUGGGACAAGAGGUCCCCCUCUGCCUCCCAAUGAGAUUAUGAUGGAGCGGGGAGGGAUGAGGAGGCGUCCGAUGGGCAGGGGCCGGGGCAUGAUGCGGCAACCACCUCACCCACACGAGGAGAUGGAGGGGUACCCCCACGAUGGGUACGAGGGGGAGUUUGGUGGUCCUGGUGAUGACGGGUAUGGAAGACCGCUGCCACCACGUGACUGGCCGGACCGCCCCCCACAUGAGUAUGAGCGUGAGGAGGAGUAUUAUCCCCAUGAGCAGCCUCCUCGUGGUGGGGAGUGGGACAGGGAGAGAGGACCACUACCAGAGAGGGACUAUCCUCCCUACCCUCCCCGUGGCCCUCCUCCAGACCGCUUCAGAGAGGAUGAGUGGACCGCUGAAGGAGACAGAGAUCGUCCUCCGUACCCCUACGAGGGAGACAGAGAUCGUCCUCCGUACCCCUACGAGGGAGACAGAGACCGUCCUCCGUACCCCUACGAGGGAGACGAGCGCGGAAGAGGAGGCAAGCUCCAAAGUCUCGACUACCCAGGCGACCCUCCUUACAGGCACAAUGAACCCCCCUACCUGCCCCCUCCAGUGUGGGAGAGACCCAGACCACCCUUUCCGGAGAGAAACUACCCCCCAGACUUUGAGGACCGUAGGCCCCAUUAUGACGGGCAACCCGAGCCCCCUAGAUCAGAUCUAGGUAUCCCUCCACCCACACCUUCCCAGGCCCCUGCUCCUCCCAGUACUGCACCAGACAGUGUUCAGGAACCAGCCUCACAGGGAACUGGACCGGGUAUAUUGGCGCUGUCACAACGACAACAUGAGAUCAUCCUGAAAGCUGCCCAUGAGCUGAAGCUCAUCAGGUAAAGUAGAGACAUCAUGGUCGGGGUCAAUUCGGGAAGUACACUAAAAUUCAAAUUCUCUUCAAUGCUUUUCAAUUAGGAACAUGUCGAAUUGCAAUUUGUUUUACUUUCGUAAUUGCCUGGAAUUCAAAUGGAAUUGACCCCAACCCUAAGACAUAUGUAUGUAUGCAAGGGGUUUCCCCUAAGAUAGAAACUGUCUUUGUGAAACCUUGUAAUAUUUGUAUGACCACAAUAUAUAUCAAAUAUUAUACAGUGCAUUCGGAAAGUAUUCAGACCCCUUGACUUUUCCCAAAUGUUGUUACCUUACAGCCUUAUUCUAAAAAUGGAUUAAAAAAAUAAAUUAAUCUCAUCAAUCUACACACAAUACCCCAUAAUGACAAAGCAAACACAGUUGAAUACAUUUUUGCAAAUGUAUAAAAAAAUCCAAACUGAAAUAUCACAUUUACAUAAGUAUUCAGACCCUUUACUCAGUACUUUGUUGAAGCACCUUUGGCAGCGAUUACAGCCUCGACUCUUCUUGGGUAUGACGCUACAAGCUUGGCACAACUGUAUUUGUGGAGUUUCUCCAAUUAUUCUCUGCAGAUCCUCUCAAGCUCUGUCAGGUGGGAUGGGGAGCGUCGCUGCACAGCUAUUUUCAGUUCUCUCCAGAGAUGUUCGAUCGGGUUCAAGUCCGGGCUCUGGCUGGGCCACUCAAGGACAUUCAGAGACUUGUCCCGAAACCACUCUUUGUACUUUGCUCCGUUCAUCUUUCCCUUGAUCCCAACUAGUCUCCCAGUCCCUGCCGCUGAAAAACAUCCACAAUGCUUCACCAUAGGGAUGGUGCCAGGUUUCCUCCAGACGUGACGCUUGGCAUUCAGGCCAAAGAGUUCAAUCUUGGUUUCAUCAGACCUUUUCUCAUGGUCUGAGAGUCCUUUAGGUGCUUUUUGGCAAACUCCAAGCGGGCCUAUCAUGUGCCUUUUACUGAGGAGUGGCUUCUGUCUGGCCACUACCAUAAAGGCCUGAUUGGUGGAGUGCUGCAGAGAUGGUUGUCCUUCUGGAAGGUUCUCUCAUCUCCACAGAGGAACUCUGGAGCUCUGUCAGAGUGACCAUCUGGUUCUUGGUCAACUCCCUGACCAAGGCCCUUCUCCCCCGAUUGCUCAGUUUGGCCGGGCGGCCAGCUCUAGGAAGAGGCUUGGUGGUUCCAAACUUCUUCCAUUUUAAGAAUGAUGGAGGCCACUGUUCUUGUGGACCUUCCCCAGUUCUGUGCCUCGACAGAAUCAUAUCUCGGAGCUCUACGGACAAUUCCUUCAAACUCAUGGCUUGGUUUUUGCUCUGACAUGCACUGUCAACUGUGGGACCUUUAUAUAGACGGGUGUGUGCCUUUCCAAAUCAUGUCCAAUCAAUUGAAUUUACCACAGGUGGACUCUAAUCAAGUUGUAGAAACAUCUCAGGGAUGAUCAAUGGAAACAGGAUGCACCUGAACUCAAUUUCGAGUCUCAUAGCAAAGGGUCUGAAUACUUGUGUAAAUAAGGUAGUUCUAUUUGUUUUUGCUUUGUUAUUAUGGGGUAUUGUGUGUAGAUUGAUGGGGGGGGGGGGGGGGCAAUUAAAUCAAUUAUAGAAAAGGCUGUAACAUAACAAAAUGUGGAAAAAGUCAAGGGGUCUGAAUAUUUUCCAAAUGCACUGUAUAUAUAUCUAUAUAUUUUUUUUUGAAGUACUGUUUUUCCACAGCUGUUUUUUGUGAGAGACCUCUGUAUAUAGCCUGGGUACCAGGCUGUUUGUGCUAUCAUUCUACCCUUUUGUGAUGCCAUGUUUUGGAGUACAAGGAGAGGGAACGUUAGCACAAAAUAGGAUUCCAGGGUGCUCCGUACGUGCAAAUGUAUCACACAGCACUUUAAAAACAAUGUAGGUCUGUUUCUCUGGUACUGAACAGAGAAAUGCAGGAGAGUAAGACCGAUGGAGAGGCCCUUCCAGUCACGUCUGAGCCCAAGCCAGAGCUCCCUGCUGGUCUGCUAGGGCUGGAGAUACCCCCUGAGGUCCGCAGUGCCCUGCAGGUAAACAACCGCACCUAAUUUAUAUAAUAUACUAUAUCAUUUAUAUAUUUGACAUAACAUAUAGAAUUUAACUGUUUGACAUUUGCAUAUAGGAUUUAGCCGCAGGUAAAUCUAUGAACCUGGGUUUGACAGAUUACAGUUUUGUGUAUUUUCUUUUUAAAGCGGUUUAUUCAAGUAAUUUUAUAUAUAUAUAUAUAUUUGUUGAAUCUCACAGUUGAUUCAUGUCACUAGCUAGGUUUCCAUCCAAUUGGCGACAGAUUUUCAUGCAAAUAUUCUAAAAUUGGAAAGGAGCGUCAGGCUCAUGCACCUCCAGCACUUUCACCACCCUGUGAAGUUCAUCAUAACUUAUUUCAUCUGUAGCCUGAUAACCUGCAUGGUUUACCAAGUCGUAGUUGGAGGACCACGCACCAUGUCAUCGCGUGACUCCAGGUUCACUUCGAUAUGAUGCUUAUUAUACUGAAUCAAUAUAACGCAUUAAGACGAUUCCACCUCCAUUUCUUGUAUAAUUUAUUUUACAGACACAAAAACCUUCCGCCUUGUCUAGGGUAUUUUGUUUUGUCAACAGUUGAAACGUUUAUUGACAGAUUUGCUGUUGCCGUCAGGCCUCUUUUUAUUAAAAAAAUUAUACUGGUUGUACUUUACUUGCAUAGAAAGGUUGGAUGGAAACUUGGUUAUAAUAUUGGUUAUAAACCUGGUUGUAAUAUUGGUUAUAAACCUGGUUGUAAUAUUGGUUAUAAACCUGGUUGUAAUAUUGGUUAUAAACCUGGUUGUAAUGUUGGUUAUAAACCUGGUUGUAAUAUUGGUUAUAAACCUGGUUGUAAUAUUGGUUAUAAACUUGGUUGUAAUAUUGGUUAUAAACCUGGUUGUAAUAUUGGUUAUAAACCUGGUUGUAAUAUUGGUUAUAAACCUGGUUGUAAUAUUGGUUAUAAACCUGGUUGUAAUAUUGGUUAUAAACCUGGUUGUAAUAUUGGUUAUAAACCUGGUUGUAAUAUUGGUUAUAAACCUGGUUGUAAUAUUGGUUAUAAACCUGGUUGUAAUAUUGGUUAUAAACCUGGUUGUAAUAUUGGUUAUAAACCUGGUUGUAAUAUUGGUUAUAAACCUGGUUGUAAUAUUGGUUUGUAAUAUUGGUUAUAAACCUGGUUGUAAUAUUGGUUAUAAACUUGGUUGUAAUAUUGGUUAUAAACCUGGUUGUAAUAUUGGUUAUAAACCUGGUUGUAAUAUUGGUUAUAAACCUGGUUAUAGUCCAACAGUAUAUUUGAAGUAGACCACUUUAAUUAUGGUCCAUUGUCAUUUCCAGGUCACAUAAAUAUUUGUGACUCUGUUUUUUCCAGUUACACAUUUUUAGAUAUUUACCCAUUUUUUUAAAAAUCCGUUAACCCACGUCUCUGUUUCUCUACCCCAGGCGACCAACCUCAUGUCUAGCUCAACUGCUGCAAGAACAGUGACGUGGGGAGACCCCAAACCUCAAGAUACUGGGUACCUGUCCUCUGCUCCUCCAGUCCCCAAUGCACCAGUCAUCCCUAAGACUGUCGACUAUGGACAUGGACACGGUAGGGAAAGAAACGUGGAAAUAGGAAGCAGGGUUGGGGUCAGUUCCGUUCCGAUACCAUUCAUAAAGUAACCUAAAUUCCAAUUCCAUAUGUCCCUUGUUGAAAUACAUUAAAGAGAAUUGGAAUGCGUAUUGGAAUUUGUUUAGGAAUUGGAACUUCAAAUGUUAUUGGCCACAUGCGCCGAAUACAACAGGUGCAGACAUUACAGUGAAAUGCUUACUUACAGCCCUUAACCAACAAUGCAUUUAUUUUUAAUAAAAAAGUAAAAUAAAACAACAACAAAAAAGUGUUGAGAAAAAAAGAUCAGAAGUAAAAUAAAAUAACAGUAGGGAGGCUAUAUAUACAGGGGGGUACCGGCACAGAGUCAAUGUGCGGGGGCACCGGCUAGUUGAGGUAGUUGAAGUAAUAUGUACAUGUGGGUAGAGUUAAAGUGACUAUGCAUAAAUAAUUAACAGAGUAGCAGCAGCGUAAAAAGGAUGGGGUGGGGGUGGGGGGGGCAGUGCAAAUAGUCCGUGUAGCCAUGAUUAGCUGUUCAGGAGUCUUAUGGUUUGGGGGUAGAAGCUGUUGAGAAGCCUUUUGGACCUAGACUUGGCGCUCCGGUACCGCUUGCCGUGCGGGAGCAGAGAGAACACUCUAUGACUAGGGUGACUGGAGUCUUUGACAAUUUUGAGGGCCUUCCUCUGACACCGCCUGGUAUAGAGGUCCUGGAUGGCAGGAAGCUUAGUGCCUUCCUCUGACACCGCCUGGUAUAGAGGUCCUGGAUGGCAGGAAGCUUCCUUAAUUGACUGAUGUAAAAUUUCAGUAAAAAUAUAUAAAUGGUAACUAAAGGGUGCUCAUUGGAAACGAGUAUCUAAAUAGAGUGAUAACAAAGGAAGUUGUGGCUUGUAUCUUUAAAAACGAUAGACCUAAAAGGUUUUAAAUGAAGUGGUUAUUCUGCUACAGAAACAUGACAUUGCCUCUUGUAGGCUGUGCGUGUGUUUUCCCUUCAAGACAUUGACCCCCCCCCCCCACAUUUCCAUGUGACUUUCCAGAUCUGGGUGCUGCCACGGUGGAGCGGAUCUCUUACGGCGAGAGGAUUGUGUUGAGGCCCGAUCCCUUAGCUGACAGAGAGAGGAGCUAUGAAAAAGGUGACUUCGUGUUUAUUUUUUGGAUGGUGAUCGUUUUUUUGAGACUUACUAGCAUUUGUUUUUUUUUUGCAGGUAGCGGCUAAUUCUGUAUGUCGCUUCGGAUAAAAGCGCCUGCUAAAUGUCAUAUAUUAUUAUUAUUAUUAUAAUGAUAUCCUCCUUUCCCCCUAUAGAACUGCUGGGACCCCUGAGAGAGAGAGACCCUUACCACAGAGACAUGUACUACGACAGACGACCGGUAGACCCCUACACGGAGCGCAGGGAGUACGGCAGGGAGAUGUACAGAGAGAAACCUCCCGUGGACUUUGAACGAGACCGAUUUGAGAGGGGACGCUAUCCGCCUCGAGAUGGCAGGUAUACCCUGGUUACAUUCAGUGGAGAUUGAACACGUACAAAUAAAAUGACUAGAUUUAUUGAUUUAUAAAGAGAUCAUAUAUUUCUAUGGAUUAAACAGCGGCCACAGUGAAUGCUACUGUAUGCGAAUUAAUCCACAAGCUCCACUUGUGAAUGUGUUACUUUUGUCUUAUGGUCUUGUUAAUGCAAUCAAUCAAAUCUUUAUAAAGCAAUUAUUUAUUUUUUUACCUCAGCAGUUGGGAGUUAUUUUACAGAACUGUGUGACAAUGCAAUGUAGAACUACCAAGCGUCAGUAAAUGUGUAACAACAUUUUUAGUUUUUUUUAUGUUCUUGCUGCUUUCAAGCAAACACUCCAUGGGUGUUGUUGAUGAAAGGUAUUAUCACACUGUGUUACUCUGACGAGUCCAGCUGGAUGGUGUGGCCUUGUGUAUGCUGCCUGCUCCAGGGCUUGCGUGUUCACAAAGCAUCUACGUGUAGGAGUGCUUGGAUCAGAUCCCUCCCUGUCCAUAUAAUCCGUAUUCAUUAUGAUCUAAAAGGGGAAACUGAUCUGGGGUCCAGAUAUAUGCAGUGUUCUGAGGGGUUUUCAUCCUGCGUCUCUAUCUCUCCAGACCACCCCCCGGCCAUCCUCGCCCCGGCCCCCCACCACCUCGCCCGGGCUACAGGGAGAGGGAGGGCAGCCGGACCAGUAGAGACAGAGAGGAUCCUUAUGGAAGGCCUGGGGGUUAUGACAGACCUCCGUACGAGCGCGGACCUGAGCGCUACGACCACGGUGCCUCACCAUACGGUAAGACAUGCUGUGUACUGCCGUCUCUAGCGAACACACGGACUUGGGUGCAUUGCAAAUGCCUUUAGUGUGUGAGUGGUGUUGAUUUGUACUAUGCAAAAAUUCCACUGUCCAAAAGGAAAAAGGGACUAAAGCUACAUGCCGUAAAACACGUUGGUUUUAACAAUCAAAAUGGUGUUUAAGGCACCUUCCGUCGUCCUACUAAUGUUCAGUUUGCUCGUCUUUUUAUGCCUCUUGGUUGUAGAGUCAAAUAGCGACAGUAUUCUCUUUUAUCCUUGGCACUGACUGUCCUGUCUUGUGGUCCAGGUGAACGGAGGAGUUACCCAGAGGACAGAGGAGGAGGAGGCCCCACGUCGUCCCACCCUCCUCCUCCCCCACCGACUGCUCCUCCUUCCAGGAUGGAGAAGAAACCGGAGACCAAGAACGUGGAGGACCUUCUCAAACUGCCAGGCCGAGACACUCGUCCAGAAAGGGUGCAAAUAAAUGGCUGCUCACUCACUCUCAAUCGCCAUUACGCUUCAUUCACUUACUUCCUCAUUCAAUUCAAUACAACUUUUUAAAUACAGUACUUCCUUAUUCAAUUCAAUACAACUUUUAUUUAUCCCUCUCAGGGACAAUUAAGAAAUGCGUUGCCAGGAUAAUGACAUCCUCAACCUGUAGUCCAAUACAAGUACAACAAGAGUACACAGAUCUCAUAUCCCCCAGUAUAUCCCCAGAUACAUGUCUACUGUAUGAGUGAGUUCCAUAACCUCUGUGAUGUUUCUCAGAUCGUCAUCAUAAUGAGAGGCCUACCAGGAAGUGGAAAAAGCCAUGUGGCCAAGCUGAUACGGGUGAGUAGAACCUAGAGUUACCAUCGUCCAACUUGGCUGUUCUGUUGUGGUAACAAUAACUCAUCUGGGAUGAAAUGUUAUUUCCUGUCAUGCGUUUCCUGUUUUCCAGAUAUAUAAUAUGUUAUAGAUAUCCUAGCGUUCUUUCACAGUGUUCAAAUACCUACCCUCGUUCCACCAUCCUGAUGUCGAAGAGCGCAUGAGAGCGCGGCGGUCAGGGUGGUGGAUCAGGUUAACACAAAUACCUGCACCCCUCGUCAUAUAAACACAACGUUGCUUUCAAUUUCUACAAGCCCCAACGUCAGUCGUCUUCUUCCUUGUUUGUCCGAAAGACGUCACUUCCUGAAACUUCUCGAGUGCUGCCUUCUCUCACUGAAAUACCUUGUCGUUUACUAGCUCUGACGUUGCUGAUAGCGGCUCUACUGAGGAAGUUUAACUUGCUGUGACUGAUAUGUGGUUGUCUCACCGAGCUACCUUAAGAUGAAUGCAUUUAACUGGAAGUGGCUCUGGAUAAGAGCGUCUGCUAAAUGACUAAAAAUGUAAAAUGUUGUUGCGUGGUUAAGGAUAAGGAGGUGGAGUGUGGAGGGGCUCCUCCCAGGGUGCUGGGAUUAGACGACUACUUCAUGACGGAGGUGGAGAAGGUGGAGAAGGACCCAGAAACUGGGAAACGGGUCAAACUCAAGGUCUGUCCUUCUGCUUGCUCUCCGACUGACUUUAAACCUCUCUGUUCCUACUAUAUGUGGAGCAUAAGGCUUCCACAAGAGAGUUUUUUUUAGUUUAGUCAAAUACUAUCUCUGUGUAGAAGUAGGCCUGAAGAAAACCCACCCAUGUAUAACAUGAUGGCUCACUGAAGCUAUUGUAAUACAUUUAGCGAAUGUCACCAUUUAGGCUGUGUGGUUUCUGCAGGCUUUGCAGGUGUUUUUAAUGUAUUAUUUGAACACACAUUUUAUUUGUAUUUGAAUAUCAAUCCAUAACAUUUUCCUUUCUUGUCAGUGUCUGGAAUACGAGUAUGAAGCGGAGAUGGAAGAGACGUACAGGAACAGUAUGCUAAAAACCUUCAGGAAGACGCUAGACGACGGCUUCUUCCCCUUCAUCAUCAUCGACGCUAUUAACGACAGGGUUAAAUACUUCGAUCAGUUCUGGAGCGCUGCCAAGACUAAAGGCUUCGAGGUCGAGUUAACGUUUCAUAUCUUUGAAAUAUCAAAAAUGUGGAGAUGCAACGCUACUAGGUUCCUUGGUCGAUACUUAGCUUGCCGUUUUUAGAAUUCGUGCCCAAUAAAUGACGUAAAUCUAAGUGGUACAUUAGAACAGAGUUGGAUCUCUCUGAAACCUAUACAUUCCGGAUGUGGCCUCUAUUACGUAUAUAACGUGUCAAUGUAUUUGUAUGCCAGGUGUACUUGGCUGAAAUCACUGCAGACUAUCAGACUUGCGCUAAAAGAAAUGCCCACGGACGGAAGAUUAAGGACAUUCAAAAGGUACUGUGCUGAGUGCCCUUUGCGUCCACAAUCGCAGAGCUCUCAUACAUUUUCAAUGGUAUCAGGUGGCUUAUUUCUCAAGGCAUUGAUAAUGACAGUGAUAGACUAAGUAUAUUGUGUAUUUAUUUUCUGGUGUCUGUAUAGUAUUUUAUUUUCUGGUGUCUGUAUAGUAUUUAUAUAUAGUAUAUUGUGUAUUUAUUUUCUGGUGUCUGUAUAGUAUUUAUAUAUAGUAUAUUGUGUAUUUAUUUUCUGCUGUCUGUAUAGUAUUUAUAUAUAGUAUAUUGUGUAUUUAUUUUCUGCUGUCUGUAUAGUAUUUAUAUAUAGUAUAUUGUGUAUUUAUUUUCUGCUGUCUGUAUAGUAUUUAUAUAUAGUAUAUUGUGUAUUUAUUCACGUUCUGUUUUACAUUUCUGUUUAUUUAUUUGUUUUUUUUCCCGUCUGUGUAGAUGUCCAAUAACUGGGAGUCGUCUCCACGUCACAUGGUGCGCCUGGAUAUCCGCUCUUUGCUUCAGGAUGCUGCUAUUGAGGAGGUACGUCGUAUGGAAACGUUUCACAAUAUGUUCAGAUCUAGGUAUUAUACCACUUAGGGGGCAUAAAGGUGCUACACAUAGGAUUUGUUUGAAUAUCGGCAGUAAUGGUGAAAUGAGUGUUUCACAGUAUUUCUUACCCGCCAGUGUUGUGAUUGGCUGGGAUAUUCGCCUAUAGAUUUCUCCCGCCAGAGCGGCAUUUGUUGUCAAAAUGGGAAAACUGUUUUGACUUUGGCUGUGUUAUCUAGUGGUAAUCAUGUCUCCCGAGUGGCGCAGUGGUCUAAGGCACUGCAUCGCAGUGCUAGCUGUGCCACUAGAGAUCCUGGUUCGAAUCCAGGCUCUGUCGUAGCCGGCCGCGACCGGGAGACCCAUGGGGCGGCGCACAAUUGGCCCAGCGUCGUCCAGGGUAGGGGAGGGAAUGGCCAGCAGGGGAUGUAGCUCAGUUGGUAGAGCAUGGCGUUUGCAACGCCAGGGUUGUGGGUUCGAUAAAAUAAUGUAUGUGCUAACUGUAAGUCGAUAAGAGCGUCUGCUAAAUGACUAAAAUGUAAAAUGUAAAUGUAAUCAGGUCAAGUGGCCAAUAUAGAAAUUGCUCUGUCAUUUCCUGGUUGCUAAAAUUUUACACAGUUCGCUCAAUUUCAGUUUGUGAGAAAACAAGCACUGUAUAGUGUAGGGAAUCAUUGUACCAUCUAAAUCACUGUGAAAUAUAUUUUCAAUAACAAAAAAUAUUGUUUGUGAAACUGGUGGUGGACCAAAACAGGAAAGUAUAAGACUCAGGCCCGUGUCUCCACCAUGUUACGGGGGGAAAUGGGAUGCGGGGGAUGGGGGAGAUGUAUUUUGAAUGCAGCCUAGUGCUGUUGCAAUUCACCAAGCUUCCACAUGGGGGAGAAACUCUAGGUGUAGCACCUUUUUAUUUAUUUUUAUAAGCGUCAUUAAAUAUACCUUUUUAUAAUGGGUUUCUGUUAUAAGAGUGAACCUAGUCCUCUCUAUAGCGAAGGAUGAGGACCAGAUAAGGUAUAGUGUACCUGUUGGCACUAUCCUCAAUGAUUUCAGUGUAGCCACUUGUGUGGUUGUGAAGUUUAAUUUUUUAUAUAUAUAUUUUUUUAGAAUAAAAUAAAUUCUACCUACCUAUCUAAGGCAUUUGUUAAAAUGUUUCAAUCAGUGAAAUUCAAUGGAAACAUUUUGUAUUUGAAGGUUGAGAUGGAAGACUUCAAUCCUGAUGACGAGCCGCUGAAGGAGCCCAAGAAGGAGGAGGAGGAGGAGGAGGAAGAGGAAGUUAAGGUAGGACUCAAUCAGCAUGCCCUUUAUAGCUGUUACUGUUCUUAAAGGGAUCUACUGAUCUCUGUCUGUGCUCAUAUCCACGAGAGCAGGACUCUCCGACCCUGUUCCUGGAGAGCUACCCUCCUGUAAGUUUUCACAUCUUAUCAACCAGCUAAUUAUUAGAAUCAGGUGCGUUAGGACGGUAGCUCUCCAGGAACAGGGUUUUUGAGAGCCCUGCACCAGAAACACAUUGGUCCAUUUGAUAUGGUGUCAUUGCAGUGAGCAGACGUGCUAGGUUGCUUUGCAGGUACAGUGAGUGACUUGUUGACAUAAGCCCUUGGCUCCUUUAAAGAGCGUAUGCCAUUGACGGAUGCCAGUAUUGCAGUUACAGCAGUACAUUUGGUUUUUGUUAAAGGCCCAGUGCAGUCAAAAAAAUGUGAUAUACCUGUGUUUUAUAUAUAUUUCCACACUAUGAGGUUGGAAUAAUACAGUGAAAUUGUGAAAAGGAUAAUGCACUUUUAGUGUAAGAGCUGUCAAUUGUAGCUUGUUUCCCCUCCCCACUCAGAUCGCUCCGACAGUCCUAGCAAAAUUCUUGCUUGAGAAAUUGCUCUUUGCUAAGAAGCUAUUUUUGUUUUGUUUUUUUAACAUUUUAAUUGAAAACAAUCACAGUAAUGUACUUAAUUGCUACUCAGAAAUGAUUUGAUAUUGAGAUAAAAACGGCUGCUUUGGACCUUUUUAAGAAAGGUUGAUGUUGAGUUUUUAUUUUGGCCUUGUUUGGUUGAUACUAUCCUCAUUGUGCUGAGAUUAAUCACGUUUAUCAAAAAAACGUCUCAUAAUAACAUUAAUGAUAAGUUUUAUAAAGUUAUAAACCCAAGUCAAACAACCUAUACAGGGAUACAAAAUACAAGCGUACCAGAAUGAGGAAGAUCAUGAGAUUUGGAAACUCGAGAAAGUAGUGUGGCCUGUGGCCUAGUGGUUAGUUGACCCCAACACAGACACAUUUAUCAGAGAAUCCAACCCACAAUGCUUCUGACUCUGGCCUUUCCUGUUCUCUUCACUGUCCUAUAUCUGUUCAAUAAAACCACAAGAAUACAAAAGGAGUGGGAUUUACCACAUAUAUUUUUUAAAAAUAUUCAAAAUAAAUAAAUGGAGAAAUCAUUCAGGAUAUCUUUUGCCGAGGUAAUGUGUAUGCUUUUUAGGAUGGUGUAUGUAAGUGAUUUGAAAUAUCUUUCUUUUUUUGGGGGGGGGGGUGGGUUGUUAACUAAAUAAGCCUAAAUUAGCUCUGGAUUUCUUCUGUAAUCAAACUCUACUUGAGUAAGACAAAAUAUGUUUGUGUUGCCAUGGUGUUAGUUCCUUACUAGAUGGUAAGUAUAUGCAUACCUUUUUAGAGUUAGAUUCAGCGAUUUUAUUAACUUUUUCCAUUUAGAAAAUCUGUGAUUUUAACACAUCCUAUCUCAAAUUCAUGGAUAUAGUUAUUGUGACCUAGUAAAUGGGAGACCCGUCCGUGUAAAACCUUUUUAUUAUGUUAUGUAGGCCACACUUUAAAAUGUAAUGAAGAUCUGUAUUCUUGAAGUUCCUCCUGAAACACGCUUCUGUCAUGAAACUCGACUUCUUGAAAACGACUACUUGUGACGUAGAAGGUUUAAUGCAACCGAGCAUAUAGUGCUCGACUAUAUCUGACGUUAUUUUCCUUUUCUUAAUGGAAAUAAUAUAAUAGCCACGUCAAUUCAUUUAAAAAAAUAUAUAUUGUUGUUGAUGUUAAUUUACUCUAGUGACGGCUAUAACAUGUCUGACUUGAAUAAUCCAGUAUAUAUACUAUUUAUUUAUUUUAAACAAUGAAAAUAUCAAUGUGGGUGUCCUAACGUUUGAUUUUCAAUGUAAUUAAUGGAUAUGACUUGAUAAUUGGACCAUAAUGACUUGACACUUCCAUGGUCCAGUUGAUAAUAACAAUUUGUAAUUUCUACAAACAGCACCAUAAAUAUUAUGUUUUUUCUCAUGUAUUUAGCGGGGGGAAAAAGAAACCCAUUUCUAGUGGUGUGGUGGUGCCUGGAGAAGUUGGAAUACAAACAUUUUUGCCAAAUAUUUCCUAAACGGCCCGCCCGGUGAAGGAAUGGCGACCUGUGUGAUUUUUUUUUUUCUCCUAUAUUUCUAUAGUUCAGGUUUUCACUCUCAAAAUCACCCGUAAAAAGUCCACAACAACGCUUAAACCACAUCAGAGGGAUCUCCUAUGAAGCGGGUUUGAGGAGUUAGCGAGGUAACGUUGGCCAACUCCGGAUAACCGGUCAGGUACAUUUCUAUGGCGACAGAUCUUUCAGAACUAACCUGCUCCGGGAAAGGCUAACUCACGGUUUCACUCCGCUUACCCUGAAUUAAAUGACUGAGGAUAGAGUUCAGUACCAAUGAAAUCAGAUUCCCUCCAUCUUGCAAAGAUUGCAUUAUCAUCCCCUUCAUUUGAGGAAGAAUACUGAUUUUAAAUAUUAUAUUAAUCGAAUGUUGUUUUUGGUGUAAAAAAAAAUAUAUUUUUAAAAUGCAUGUCACGUUACACAUUUAGUAAUGACAGAAUGCAUUUUAAACUUCACACAAUGUAACACUUUUGUAUGACUUAAUAGUGUGGGGAAAGGGUGCUUGUGCAUUAAUAAGUACGCCAAAUACGGCAUUAACGAUAAGCAGUGGUCUUAUCGUUAAUGCCGUCUUUAACGGACGAGGAAUAUCCUCCGUCGUAGUACGGAUGAAGCCUUUUAGUGGUGCCUGGAUAAGUGGGUAUCCUCAAAUGUUGGCCAAAAUCUCCCAAACGGCUCGCCCGGCGAAGGAAAGGCACCCUGUGUGGAAAAAGCUAUGUUUUCCUAAAUGUGUUUUCCUAUAUAUAUUUAUUUUUUCAGGUUUUCACUCUCAAAAUAUUUUUUACAAUAUAACAUCUACAAAAAUCGAAUGUUCUAAGUCCAAUGCUUAUACCACAUCAGGAGAGCAUUUUUUUUUAGGUCUGGGAGAAAUCGACAAAAAAAAAGAAAUGAGGGAGGAGCCCUUUUAAAUUUAAUUGUGAACCAAGCAAGAGACCGUUUGGCCAAGGGUGUUUCUGUACUGUAGGCUACAAUGUAAUGGCAAGAGUUUACACACAAAAAAAAAGCGCUCCCGAUUUGAUACAAAUCACACGACAUCAUUCUGCCAGGUAGACCUACUCUGCAGUGAACAUUUUCAUUGGGAAGUUUUUUUUUUUUUGGUUAAGCCUUUUAGAAAUGUUCUUUCCAACAGCGCAUGAUGACUGAAUUGCGCAUCGCAAAGCUUCAACAAAGACUUCGGACCAAACUUCUUCAAUAGCUGGUUUGCAUACCCACUGUUGCCUUAGUUAGCAUUUACUGGUAGAUACCAUACAUUUUAAACGUAUUAGCUACUCUACUGGCUCCCGAUGUCGUUCAAUUCUGUGAGCUGCUCCAUGAGACAGUCGGUUGAGAGCUGCGGGCUCAUGCUGCCUGGUAUUCAGCUGAAUCUAGCUGUAUGCGGCACGCUUGUGAAUAUAAACGUAACAAAAAUAAACACGCAACAUGCAACAGUUUCAACAUUAAAAAAAAUCUUUCAGCUCCACUAAACUUGGGACCAACACUUUACAUGUUGCGUUUAUAUUUUUGUUCAGUAUAUUUCACAUGCUUUGCGAUUGUAUAGGCUACCUUGUGUAUGAUUUCUCUAUUGUACUACGUCAUUAUAAUUUAUAUCGUAUACCUCCACUACACUGCUUUUAAUACGCAACAGUAGGGGUUAAUAAAUGAGUAUAAGCAAUGCCCACUGAAGGAAAAGUGGGUAUAAUAUCAUUCUGAUAUCAUUCUGCCAGGUAGGCAUACUUUGCAGUGCCAGUCAACAUUUAAUUGGGUGGGAUGGUUUUUUUGGGAAAGCCCUUCAGAACUUUUCAUUCAAACAGUGCAUGAUGACUGAAUUGCGCAUGGCUAAGAUUCAACCAAGACAUCGGACCAAACGUUUUAAUUGACUCAAUCUCUGAGUAUGUCAUCUCAACCGCUACCAGAUUCCCACCUGAAACACCCAGGGAAGGUCUUCCAAAACUAUUAUUAUUAUUAACACGAUUCAUUAGAUGAUAGAUAAUCUAUUAGAAAUUGUUAGAAAAUGAUGAUAGGAUCAUAAUGUGCACAUGGUUACUGAAGCACAGAGUUACAGUACACCAGGAAACGCAUCUCACUCACAAGUUGAAUGUGAUUGGACAUCAAGAAAUAUCAUGUGACAGGGUUUGGGUCAAUUCCAUUUAAAUUCAGAAAGUAAACCAAACUCCAAAUUUUCCUCAUUUGAAAAGCAUUGAAGAGAAUUUGAGUUUCAGUGUUCUUCCUGAAUUGACUGGAAUUUUAAAUAGUAUUUACCACAAUCCUGCUGGAAGUCCUCAAUUAGUGGUCUACUGUUAGGAACAAGGUAACCUCGUCUCCACACUAACUCCUCCAUUAGCUGUCUGCUGUUUUGGAAUGAGCCUCUGAUAUUGCUUAAUAAAUGCUACUUUAUUAUGAUUCAAAUAUUUAGAAAUUCAAAAUCUGUUAUUUCCCCCCCCCCCCGCGCAUUGAGUGCUGACAAACUGACCAUGGCAUGCCGAAAGGUGCUCUGACCAACAACAAUCUCCUUGUCCCUAACCUCGUCCACCAGUCGUCUCGCUCUGUCUGUAUGCCGUAGCUGAUGUCCUAGGGACGAGGUUACCUUGGUCCUAACAGCAGGCGGCUAAUGUGGCUCAGUUGGUAGAGCAUGGUGCUUGCAACGCCAGGGUUGUGGGUUCGAUUCCCACGGGGGGACCAGUACGAAAAAGUAUGAAAAUGUAUCCACUCAUUACUGUAAGUCGCUCUAGAUAAGAGCGUCUGCUAAUUGACUAAAAUGUAAAAAUAUAAAAUACAUGAAGCCGUAUCAGAGACUCCAUAUGAAGCCGUAUCAGAGACUCCAUAUGAAGCCGUAUCAGAGACCCCAUAUGAAGCCGUUAUCAGAGGCUCCAUAUGAAGCCGUUAUCAGAGGCUCCAUAUGAAGCCGUUAUCAGAGGCUCCAUAUGAAGCCGUUAUCAGAGGCUCCAUAUGAAGCCGUUAUCAGAGGCUCCAUAUGAAGCCGUAUCAGAGACCCCAUAUGAAGCCGUUAUCAGAGGCUCCAUAUGAAGCCGUUAUCAGAGGCUCCAUAUGAAGCCGUUAUCAGAGGCUCCAUAUGAAGCCGUUAUCAGAGGCUCCAUAUGAAGCCGUUAUCAGAGGCUCCAUAUGAAGCCGUUAUCAGAGGCUCCAUAUGAAGCCGUUAUCAGAGGCUCCAUAUGAAGCCGUUAUCAGAGGCUCCAUAUGAAGCCGUUAUCAGAGGCUCCAUAUGAAGCCGUUAUCAGAGGCUCCAUAUGAAGCCGUUAUCAGAGGCUCCAUAUGAAGCCGUUAUCAGAGGCUCCAUAUGAAGCCGUUAUCAGAGGCUCCAUAUGAAGCCGUUAUCAGAGGCUCCAUAUGAAGCCGUUAUCAGAGGCUCCAUAUGAAGCCGUUAUCAGAGGCUCCAUAUGAAGCCGUUACUCAAUGAGGCCUCCAUAUGAAGCCGUUAUCAGAGGCUCCAUAUGAAGCCGUUAUCAGAGGCUGUAUUCCAAAGUGUUUUUGCAAGUGCCAACAUUUUGAAGAUGAAAAACAAUGUAGCACAUAAAACAUUUGUAAAAAAGGCCAGUCACUUUUUUUUUUUUUUUUUUCAACCUUUAAAAAAAAAAAUGACUACAUAUAGAUAAUGGAGUACAUAGAUAAAUUGACUAUUCUUAUGAAUUGUUUUUGAUGCAUGGUUUUGGAGCAUUUUACGUGAUUUAACGACCUAAGAACUAAAUAUUAAAACGUAAACUAAUCACAACGGUACUGGUUCCAUAGCACUCACUAUUAGCUUUGGUUGUGACGAAUGUAAACUUUUAAAUGAUUAAUGUAUUUAGUACAUUUAGCAGCUUUUUUAUUAUUAUUAUUAUUAUUAUUAUUGGUACCUGUGUUGAAGGAAAUGGCUAUAUCCACUACAGGUUCCUGUGUUGAAGCAUACGGUUGGAGAGGUUAACCUCUACGGGAUUGGUGUCCUGUAUACGGGACGGUUGAGCUAACGUGCGCUAAUGUGAUUAGCAUGACUGUUGUAAGUAACAGCAAACUUUCCAGGACAUAGACAUGUCUUAUAUGGGCAGAAAGCUUAAAUUAUUGUUAAUCUAACUGCACUGUCCAAUUUACAGUAGCUGUUACAGUGAAAACAUACCAUGCUAUUGUUUGAGGAGAGUGCACAACAAAAAAUGUAUUACAGCAACUGAUUUGAUACAUUCACCUCUGAAGGUAAAUCAUGUACUUACAUUCAGUAAUCUUGCUCUGAUUUGUCAUCCUAAGUGUCCCAGAGAUAAAAUGUAGCAUAGUUUUGUUUGAUAAAAUCAAUUUUUAUAUUCAAAUGUAGGGAACUGGGUUCUACAGUUUGAACCCCUGCUGUCUCUGGCUCCACACCCACCCCGCCCGGCCAUCUAGAUGUGUGAAAGUUAGUGUAUAAGCUAAUGAUCCAUCAUGUAUGAUAUCCCUGGGAGUGUGUAAACAUACAUUUUGUAUUACCAUAUCAUUUUUGUAUGUUCUCUAUAGUUAUGUACUUGAAAAUGUAUCAAUUGACCAAUUCGGCACAUUUGGGCAGACUUGAUACAAUAUAGUCCAGUAUUGCAAUGCUUCACUGGAUCAAUCUGAAACUUUGCACACACACUGCUGCCAUCUAGUGGGCAAAAUCUAAAUUGUGCCUAAACUGUAAUAUUAUCCAACUUGUGUACAUCGGUGUUGUGUUGGGGCUUAACUAAUAGGCUAACUUCUUCUUCCGUAACUAAGCUAUAUAAUCUAACGAGCUGUUUCAACUUGGUGUGGUACCAAAGUGGAACCACGAUUAACACAAAGAAAGUGUUGAUGAAAUCUAGUUGUGCUCUUUUAGUAGGCUAGCUUCUGUAUCAACUAGCUGUUUUCUAAAGUGUCUCUAAAUGCUUUGAUCAUUGCUUACACCAAAGGCACAUCUUCUCAACUGAGGUGUCAUAAUGACAUCUGACAUGUUUGCAUGCCAACGUCUUUAACAGUAUUUCAUAUUGUCUCAUGUCGUGUCAUUCUUGCGAUCCUCCUGAUUGUACUGAAAUUGUUUGAUUAACAUAACUAUUUGAACGCCUUCUCUCCGUCACCGAAACCCCCCCCUCUCUCUCGCUCUCUCGCUCUCUUUCUCUGCUCUCUCUCUCUCUCUCUCUCUGCUCUCUCUCUCUCUCUCUCUCUGCUCUCUCUCUCUCUCUCUCUCUCUCUCUCUCAUAUCCUCCUCCUGACCCCUAGCUCCUUGCCGCUCAGAGGCCUAACCGUUGCGGUCUCUUCUCUGUAUAAUUUAGGGUUACAUUCCACAAAGCAAAUGGGAGAUGGACACUUCUGAUGCGAAACUCGGUAGGUAUUCCCUUUGUUUUGUGAUCUUACUAAUGUACACUAACAACUAUGGAGUGAAUGGAAUGAUAUUAAACACGUCUUUGAUACCAUUCCAUUUACAGUGCCUUCGGAAAGUAUUCAGACCCCUUGACCUUUUCCACAUUUUGUUAGGUUACAGCCUUAUUCUAAAAUUGAUUAAAUUGUUUUUCCCCCUCAUCAAUCUACACACAAUACCCCAUAAUGACAAAGCAAAAACUGUUUUUUAUAAAAUGUUGUAAAAAAAUUAAUGAAAUGUGAUAUUUACAUAAGUAUUCAGACCCUUUACUCAGUACUUUGUUGAAGCACCUUUGGCAGCGAUUACAGCCUUGAGUCUUCUUGGGUAUGACGCUACAAGCUUGGCACACCUGUAUUUGGGGAGUUUUUCCCAUUCUUCUCUGCAGAUCCUCUCAAGCUCUGUCAGGUUGGAUGUGGAGCGUCGCUGCACAGCUAUUUUCAGGUCUCUCCAGAGAUGUUCAAUCGGGUUCACGUCUGGGCUCUGGCUGGGCCACUCAAGGACAUUCAGAGACUUGUCCCGAAGCCACUCCUGUGUUGUCUUGGCUGUGUGCUUAGGGUCGUUGUCCUGUUGGAAGGUGAACCUUCGCCCCCAGUCUGAGGUCUUGAGCGCUCUGGAGCAGAUUUUCAUCAAGGAUAUCUUUAUACAUUGUUUUGUUAAUCUUUCCCUCGAUCCUGACUAGUCUCCCAGUCCCUGCCACUGAAAAACAUCCCCCCCAGCAUGAUGCUGCCACCACGCUUCACCGUAGGGAUGGUGCCAGGUUUCCUCCAGACGUGACGCUUGGCAUUCAGACCAAAUAGUUCAAUCUUGGUUUCAUCAGACCAGAGAAGCUUGUUUCUCAUGGUCUGAGAGUUUAGGUGCCUUUUGGCAAACUCCAAGUGGACUGUCAUCUGCCUUUUACUGAGGAGUGGCUUCCGUCUGGCCACUCUACCAUAAAGGCGUAAUUGGUGGAGUGCUGCAGAGAUGGUUGUCCUUCUGGAAGGUUCUCCCAUCUCCACAGAGGAACUCUGGAGCUCUGUCAGAGUGACCAUCGGGUUCUUGGUCACCUCCCUGACCAAGGCCCUUCUCCCCCGAUUGCUCAGUUUGGCCCGGGCGGCCAGCUCUAGGAGGAGUCUUGGUGGUUCCAAACUUCUUCCAUUUAAAAAUGAUUGAGGCCGCUGUGUUCUUGGGGACCUUCAAUGCUGCAGAAAUGUUUUGGUACCCUUCCCCAGAUCUGUGCCUAGACACAAUCCUGUCUCAGAGCUCUACGGACAAUUCCUUUGACCUCAUGGCUUGUGCUCUGACAUGCACUGUCAACUGUGGGACCUUAUAUAGACAGGUGUGCCUUUCCAAAUCAAUGGAAUUUACCACAGAUGGACUCCAAGUUGUAGAAACAUCUCAAGGAUGAUCAAUGAAAACAGGAUGCACCUGAGCUCAAUUUCGAGUCUCAUAGCAAAGGGUCUGAAUACUUAUGUAAAUAAGGUAUUUCUGUUUUUUGUUUUUAAUACAUUUGCAAACAUUUCUAAAAACCGGUUUUUGCUUUGUCAUUAUGGGGUAUUGUGUGUAGAUUGCUGAGGAAAUUGUUUUAUUUAAUCCAUUUUAGAAUAAGACUUUAACGUAACAAAAUGUGGGAAUACUUUCCCGAAGGCACUGUACAUGAUGUUCACUAACAACUCCAGCUUCCGGUAGCUUCCGGUAGCUCCUUUUACUCCACAGUAUCCUCUUCCUCUCCAUCGUCUAAACUUCUCCUCCGGGACCCCCAGACGUUGAUAAUUUUGUUGUAGCCCUAAACUAGCUCCCUUGAUUUAAGUAGUCAAGGUCUUGAUAACUAGUUGGCAAGUUUAAAUCAGGUGUGCUAGCUCUGGAAUGGUUCAAAUACAUGGAACGGUUGUGGGUCCCCAAGGUGAGACACUCGGCCCUCCGUGGAAUGAAUUUGACACCUGUGGUCUGACCAGUUUCCUCCUUAUUAUAGACAAAUAUACGGAAACGCUGAAUACAAAUUAUCUGAUCAAAACACACAAAGAUCAAAAUAGUACAUUUUCAAAUAAAUAACAUCCACUCAUAUUUACAAAAAAACAAGAUGUUCUGUAAAGGAACACAUUUGUGCUUGCUUUAAACUGCAAACAGUUUGAACACCAUUUUGCCUUUUUAACUCCCCUUGCUUCAAUAUCAAAACGAGAGGAGACAACUAUUUGACUGGAUCCUUGGUAAUACAUUUGGGAAAACGUGGAAAGUUUCUUACAAAUUAUUUAUAGACGGAGCAAAAAAAUGGCGUUAUACAGAAUCGAAGAAGUGUCGGGCAUCAUCGUCACAGUGACGAUGUCAGUGAAGUAGCUAGUGUUUAUUAUUUUGCUGAGUCGUGAGGUGACGUGGCGAGCGCUCUUCUCCUUACAGACAAGCUGGACGGCCUGGUGAUGGGGGGGAAGAGGAAGAGGGAGGGAGAUGACAUGGCAGGCAUGGAGGACUUCCUUCAGCUGCCAGACGACUACGCCACACGCCACUCUGAGCCCGGCAAGAAGAGGGUAAAGUGGCAUAUCCCAUAUUAUAUCCUGUUUUAACCGUUUCUGUUUAACACACCAUUAAAUAUUGAUUGUUUGACGUUUUCCCAAAACCAUCCUGUCUAAUCUUAUUCAUGCAUUUUUUGUUAGUAAUUUUUUUUUUAAUCCAGGCUAUUCUGAUUUACAAUGACAGCCUGACUGACCAUAUAAUAUGGUUUGCAGACUGUAACAUGUGAUCGUUUUGACUUCUCACAAUCUCUGUAUUUCAAGGCAGAUAAUGUCAUCACAAAAACAGGAUUAUCUAUUGGCGAAAAAUGUGGUUUUGAUCGUGGUUUGGUGUGCUCCCUAAAUACUGUUUCACAAAAUUACGAGAAUAUUUAAAUUGCAAUGCGAUGUCUGAACAGCUAGCUAGCAUCAGCAGAACAUUGCCUGCUCCUCGUCCAUUUCCUGCUCGUGACCCCCGCUGGAUGUUUUCCUUCCUGUCCUCUAGGUUCGCUGGGCUGACCUCGAAGAGCAGAAGGAUGCCGAACGCAAGCGCGAUAUCGGCUUCGUGGUGGGUCAAACAGACUGGGAGAAAAUCACAGACCAGAGUGGACAGAUAGCUCAGAGAGCUCUCAAUCGCACAAAGUAUUUCUAAUAACAGAAGAUCACUGCCCUACCCCCUGCUUCUUGGUUUAUAGGUAUGUCCAUUCAAUUCUAUGAAUAAUCUAAUUUGAUACAGUAUUGCCAUGUUUUUGGAGUUGCGUUUAUGUAAUGACUUGUCUAGUUAUUAAUACCGGUAGUUAUUUGGGGGUUACGAAACUUAAAUGUUUUAUGUCAGGGUUAGUUCCCCAAUAGGUGGCCUCCAAGUUUUCUGAGAGGUUUUAUAUAUAUAUAUAUAUACACACACACAGUACCAGUCAAAAGAUUGGACACCUACUCAUUCAAGGGUUUUUCUUUAUUUUUACUAUUUUCUACAUUGUAGAAUAAUAGUGAAGACAUCAACACUAUGAAAAAACACAUAUGGAAUCAUGUAGUAACCAAAGAAGUGUUAAACAAAUCAAAAUAUAUUUUAGAUUCUUCAAAGUGGCCACCCUUUGCCAUGAUGACAGCUUUGCACACUCUCACUAUUAUAAUACAAUGUAGAAAAUAGUUAUUUUUUUUAAAUAAAGAAAAACCCUUGAAUGAGUAGGAGUGUCCAAACUUUUGACCGGUAGUGUAUAUCAUAAAUCCACACACACUGUCUGGCCAAAAGUAUAUGGACACCCCUUCAAAUUAGCGGAUUCGGCUAUUUCAGCCACACCCAUUGCUGACAGGUGUAUAAAAUCAAGCACGCAGCCAUGCAAUCGCCAUAGAUAAACAUUGGCAGUAGAAUGGCCUUACUGAAGAGCUCAGUGACUUUCAACGUGGCACCGUCAUAGGAUGCCACCUUUCCAGCAAGUCAGUUCCUCAAAUUUCUGCCCUGUUAUUGUGAAGUGGAAACGUCUAGGAGCAACAACGGCUCCGCUGCAAAGUGGUAGGCCACACAAGCUCACAGAACGGGACCGCCAAGUGCUGAAGCGCAUAGCGCGUAAAAAUCGUCUGUCCUCGGUUGCAACACUCGCUACUUUCAAACUGCCUCUGGAAGCAACGUCAGCACAAUAACUAUUCGUCGGGAGCUUCAUGAAAUGGGUUUCCAUGGCCGAGCAGCCACACACAAGCCUAAGAUCACCAGAUUCGGCUGGAGUGGUGUAAAGCUCACCGCCAUUGGACUCUGGAGCAGUGGAAACGCUUUCUCUGAAGUGAUGAAUCACGCUUCACCCUCUGGCAGUCCGAUGGAAGAAUCCGGGUUUGGUGGAUGCCAGGAGAACCUUACCUGCCCCAAUGCAUAGUGCCAACUGUAAAGUUUGGUGGAGGAGGAAUAAUGGUCUGGAGGAAUAACGGUCUGGGGCUGUUUUCAUUGGUUCGGGCUAGGCCCCUUAGUUUCCAGUGAAGGGAAAUCUUAACGCUACAGCAUACAAUGACAUUCUAGACGAUUCUGUGUUUCCAACUUCUGUGUUUCCCUGUGCAAAAAGCGAGGUCCAUACAGAAAUUGUUUGUCGAGAUCGGUGUGGAAGAACUUGACUGGCCUGCACAGAGCCCUGACCUCAACCCCAUCGAACACCUUUGGGAUGAAUUGGAACGCCGACUGCGAGCCAGGCCUAAUCGACCAACAUCAGUGCCCGACCUCACUAAUGCUCUUGUGGCUGAAUGGAAGCAAGUCCCCGCAGCAAUGUUCCAACAUCUAGUGGAAAGCCUUCCCGGAAGAGUGGAGGCCGUUAUAGCAGCAAAGGGGGGGACCAACUCCAUAUUAAUGCCCAUGAUAUUGGAAUGAGAUGUUGGACGAGCAGGUGUCCACAUACUUUUGGCCACAAAGCGUAUGUGUGUGAUUUAGUUUCUUUGGACAUAAGACUGUAAAAUCACAGCAAAUCAGCUAAGUCAUUUUAAUUUAGGAAAUCUGUUCCCAAGUAUUCCCAUGCAUAAAUAGAGGCAUACAGUGCCUUCAGAAAGUAUUCAUACCUCUAGACUUAUUCCACAUUUUGUUGUGUUACAGCCUGAAUUCAAAAUUGAUUCAUUUAAAAAAAUAUAUCACCUACCAACACACAAUACCCCAUAAUGACAAAGUGAAAACAUGUAUUGAAAAUGAAAUGCAGAAAAUACCUAAUACAUGUUAGAAUCACCUUUGGCAGUGAUUACAGCUGUGAGUCUUUCUGGGUAAGUCUCUAAGAGCUUUGCACACCUGGAUUGUACAAUAUUUACACUUUAUUCUUUUUUAAAUUCUUAAAGCUUUGUCAAGUUGGUUGUUGAUCAUUGCCAGACAGCAAUUUUCAAGUCUUGCCAUAGAUUUCCAAGCCGAUUGAAGUCAAAACUGUAACUAGGCCGCUCAGUAACAUUCGAUGUCGUCUUGGUAAGCAACGCCAGUGUAUUUUAGGCCUUGUGUUUUAGGUUAUUGUCCUGCUGAAAGUUGAAUUUGUAUCCCAGUGUCAAAUGGAAUUGUAUUCGUCAUGUGCGCCGAAUACAACUGGUGUAGACUUGCUUACGAGCCCUUCCCAACGAUGCAGUUUAAAAAUAAUCAUACAAUUUAAUAAAAUAUAAUACACAAGAAUAGAGCUACAGUACAAUCGAUCAAUGUUUAGAGGUACUAUAUAUUUGAGGUAGAUGUGUACAUGAAGGCAGGGUAAAGUGACUAGGCAUCAGGAUAGAUAAUAAUAAGGUAUUUGAGGUAGAUAUGUACAUGAAGGCAGGGUAAAGUGACUAGGCAUCAGGAUAGAUAAUAUUAAGGUAUUUGAGGUAGAUAUGUACAGUUGAAGUCGGAAGUUUACAUACACCUUAGCCAAAUACAUUUAAACUCAGUUUUUCACAAUUCCUGACAUUUAAUCCUAGUAAAAAUUCCCUGUCUUAGGUCAGUUAGGAUCACCACUUUAUUUUAAGAAUGUGAAAUGUCAGAAUAAUAGUAGAGAGAAUGAUUUAUUUCAGUUUUUAUUUCUUUCAUCACAUUCCCAGUGGGUCAGAAGUUUACAUACACUCAAUUAGUAUUUGGUAGCAUUGCCUUUAAAUUGUUUAACUUGGGUCAAACGUUUCGGGUAGCCUUCCACAAGCUUCCCACAAUAAGUUGGGUGAAUUUUGGCCCAUUCCUCCUGACAGAGCUGGUGUAACUGAGUCAGGUUUGUAGGCCUCCUUGCUCGUACAUGCUAUUUCAGUUCUACCCACACAUUUUCUAUAGGAUUGAGGUCAGGGCUUUGUGAUGGCCACUCCAAUACCUUGACUUUGUUGUCCUUAAGCCAUUUUGCCACAACUUUGGAAGUAUGUUUCGGGUCAUUGUCCAUUUGGAACAAGCUUUAACUUCCUGACUGAUGUCUUGAGAUGUUGCUUCAAUAUAUCCACAUAAUUUUCCUUCCUCAUGAUGCCAUCUAUUUUGUGAAGCGCACCCCCACAGCAUGAUGCUGCCACCCCUGCGUGGUCCCAUGGUGUUUAUACUUGCGUACUAUUGUUUGUACAGAUGAACGUGGUACCUUCAGGCAUUUGGAAAUUGCUCCCAAGGAUGAACCAGACUUGUGGAGGUCUACAAUUGUUUUUCUGAUGUCUUGGCUGAUUUAUUUUGAUUUUCCCCAUGAUGUCAAGCAAAGAGGCACUGAGUUUGAAGGUAGGCCUUGAAAUACAUCCACAGGUGGUCCUCUGUAGCUCAGCUGGUAGAGCACGGCGCUUGUAACGCCAAGGUAGUGGGUUCGAUCCCCGGGACCACCCAUACACAAAAAUGUAUGCAUGCAUGACUGUAAGUCGCUUUGGAUAAAAGCGUCUGCUAAAUGGCAUAUUAUUAUUAUUUUUACACCUCCAAUAGACUCAAAUGAUGUCAAUUAGCCUAUCAGAAGCUUCUAAAGCCAUGACAUCCUUUUCUGGAAUUUUCCAAGCUGUUUAAAGGCACCGUCAACUUAGUGUAUGUAAACUUCUGACCCACUGGAAUUGUGAUACAGUGAAUUAUAAGUGAAAUAAUCUCUGUAAACAAUUGUUGGAAAAAUGACUUGUGUCAUGCACAAAGUAGAUGUCCUAACCGACUUGCCAAAACUAUAGUUUGUUAACAAGAAAUGUGUGGAGUGGUUGAAAAACUAGUCUUAAUGACUCCAACCUAAGUGUAUGUAAACUUCCGACUUCAACUGUACAUGAAGGCAGGGUAAAGUGACUAGGCAUCAGGAUAGAUAAUAAUAAGGUUCUUGAGGUAGAUAUGUACAUGAAGGCAGGGUAAAGUGACUAGGCAUCAGGAUAGAUAAUAAUAAUAAUAAUAAUAAUAAUAAUAAUAAGAGUAAAAUAAAGAACAGAGUAGCAAAUGUGGGGUGCAUAUGUAGUGAAUUUGUGUGGGAGUGUCAAAGUAGGGUGUGUGUGUGUGAGUGAGUGAGGAUCAAUGCAAGAUAGUCAGUGCAGAUAGUUCGGGGACCAUUAAUUCAGUUGUCUGGCUAUUUAGCGGUCUUAUGGCUUCGGGGUAGAAGCUUUCUCAGAACCUGUUCGUCCGAGAGCUGAUGCUCCGGUACCGUUUGUCGGACGGUAACAGAGUGAACAGUCUAUGGCUUGGGUGGCUGGAGUCUUUGGCAAUUUUUCGGGCCUUCCUCUGACACCGCCUGGUAUAGAGGUCCUGGAUGGCAGGGAACUCGGCCCCAGUGAUGUAUUGGGCUGUCCACACCACCCUCUGUAGCGCUUUGCGGUCAAGGGCGGUGCAUUUGCCAUACCAAGCGGUGAUGCAGCCAGUCAAGAUGCUCUCGAUGGUGCAGCUGUAGAACUUUUUGAGGAUCCGAGGGCCCAUGCCAAAUCUUUUCAGCCUCCUGAGGGGGAGGAGGAGGGGGAGGAGGCACUGCCGUGCUGUGUGGGCGGGUGUGUGUGGACCAUGUUAAGUCCUUAGUGAUGUGGACGCCAAGGAACAUGAAGCUCUCGACCCGCUCCACAACAGGCUGGAUGGGGAGGUGGACGUGGACAGGCCCUCCCCUUUUUUCUCCUAUAGUACUGCUUGGUCUUACUGACAUUGAGGGAGAGGUUUUUGCUCCGGCACCACACUGCUGUCUCUGACCUCCUCCCUGUAGGCUGUGUCGUCGCUGCCGUUGAUCAGGCCUACCACCAUCGUGUCGUCAGCAAACUUGAUGAUGGUGUGAGUCAUGGGUGGCCAUGCAGUCGUGGGUGAACAGGGAGUACAGGAGGGGACUAAGCACACACCCCUGAGGGGCCCCCGUGUUGAGGGUCAGCGUGGGGGUGGUGUUGUUGCCUACCCUCACCACCUUGGGGCGGCCCAUCAGGAAGUCCAGGAUCCAGUUUGCAGAGGGAGGGGUUCAGUCCAGGGGUCCCUAGCUUGGUGAUGAGCUUGGAGGGCACUAUGGUGUUAAACUAUGAACAGCAUUCUCACAUUUAUUUCCCCUCUUGUCCAGUUGGGAGAGGCCAGUGUGAAGUGCUAUUGAGAUCGAUCUGUGGAUCUGUUAGGAAUUGUAUGCGAAUUGGAGUGGGUCUGGGAUGAUUGUGUUGAUGUGUGUCAUGGCCAGCCUUUCAAAGCACUUCAUAAUUACAGAUGUGAGCGCUACCUGGGCGGUAUUCAUUUAGGCAGGUUACCUUGGUGCUCUUGGGAACAGAGACAAUGGUGGUCAGCUUGAAACAUGUUGGGAUAACAGACUGGGCCAAGGAGAGAUUGAAAGACACUUGCCAGUUGGUCUGCGCAUGUUUUGAGAACGUGCCCUGGUAUUCCGUCUGUCCCGGCGGCCUUGUUAUUGUUAACCUGUUUUAAAUGUUUUGCUCGCAUCGGCCACGGAGAGACGAGGUCAGAGUCAUUCAGAAAAACAGGGGCUUUCACACGCAAGGCACAGUGUUAUAUUCCUCAAAGCAAGCAUAAAAGGCAUUUAGCUCGUUUGGGAGUUCUACAUCGCUGGGCAACUCACGUCUGGGUUUCCCUUUUUGUAAUCAGUCAUCGUCUACAAGCCCUGCCACAUACGAUUUGCGUCGGAGUCGGUGUAAUAGGAUUCCACCGUCCUCCUAUAUUGUCCUUUUGCAUGUUUGAUGUCUCGUCGGCUGUUGUAGCGGGCUUUCUCUUUUUGCGUACAUGUCCGUGUCCUGUUCCUUGUAGGCGGUAGCUCGGCUGUUGUAGCGGGCUUUCUCUUUUUGCGUACAUGUCCGUGUCCUGUUCCUUGUAAGCGGUAGCUCUAGCCUUUAGUCCAGCGUGGAUAUUGUCUGUUGGAGAGCAGACUGAACCAGGUUUUUCCUCUAGGAUUUUGCUUGUUCUUAGCUUUAUUCCAUUUAUUUGUAUCCUAAAAACCUCCGUAGUCCUUGCCGAUGACAAGCACACCCAUAACAUGAUGCGGCCACCACCAUGCUUGAAAAUAAGAAGAGUGGUACUCAGUGAUGUGUUGUAUUUGCCCCAAACAUAGCGCUUUUUGUAUUCAGGACAGAAGGAAAUUAGAGGUAGUUUCGCGAGCCAAUGCUAACUAGCGUUAGCAGAAUGAAAUCUAGACUUUCAGUCAUUGCGCUAGCUAGCAACUUCCUUCAAACUGCACGCAGAGACAUAAAAAUGGUAUCCACAAGUUCAUCUGACUCUGGGGAAGUAGAUAAAGGGCCUCAUUGCAAAAAUUCCCAAGUAUCCCUUUAAAGUCAACAUUGGCCUCAUGGUGAAAUCCUGGAGCGGUUUCCUUCCUCUCCGGCAACUGAGUUAGGAAGUACGCCUGUAUCUUUGUAGUGACUGGGUGUAUUGAUGCACCACCCAAAGUGUAAUUAAUAACUUCACCAUGCUCAAAGGGAUAUUCAAUAUUCAAGGUCUGCUUUUUUUAUUUUUACCAAUCUACCAAUAGGUGCCCUUCUUUGCGAGGCAUUGGAAAACCUACCUGGUCUUUGUGGUUGAAUGUUUGAAAUUCACUGCUUGACUGAGGGACCUUACAAUUAUCUGUAUGUGUGGGGUACAGAGAUGAGGUAGUCAUUCCAAAAUAAUGUCAAACACUAUUAUUGCAAACGGUGAGUCCAUGCAACUUAUUAUGUGACUUGUUAAACACCUUUUUACUCCUGAACUUAUUUAGGCUUGCCAUAACAAAGGGGUUGAAUACUUAUUGACUCAAGACAUUUCAGCUUUUCAUUUUUUAUUAAUUAGUCAAAUUUUCUAAAAAAAAAACAUAAUUCCACUUUUAAAUUAUGGGGUAUUGUGUGUAGGCCAGUGACACAAAAUCUCAGUUGAAUCGAUUUUUAAUCAGGCAGUAAGUAACACAGCUAAUUGUGGAAAAAGUCAAGGGUUCUGAAUACUUUCUGAAGGCCCUGUAUGUGAUCGUAUCCCAACGUAAUCAAGGUUUGAAAUUAUUCUGUUUUUGUCAUACUAUAUCUGUUUGGGAUUCUUGCAGUCAAUUUGCAGUUUACAAAUUAUUUAUAACAAUGUUCCGGCUCCGCGACCAUCCGCUUAAGGAAAAAUCUGCCCAUGGCUGAAUGUAAUUGGGGAGCCCUGUUCUAUGUGAAAGCACCCGUGUAACUACUCUUUUGGGUGAACAGAAAAGCGCAGUUUUAAUCCGUUGACGAGAUGUCUAUAUUAGAGUUUGCCUAAUUUUGACAUGGAUCAUAAAUCGAAGGAAGAUAUGUUAAGUUAUUGUAAGAUCGUUAAUUGAAAAGUUCAUUUGGAUGGAUGUAGCAAUUGCAGAUUGCCACUUUUAAUCUUUUUGUGGCAUAUUUUUUCAAUCAGUUUUCUUUCUUCCUCUAGGUCUGCAGACUGAAUAUGCUUAACCCGUUUCUCGAAAACAAAGUCAUGAAGAAUACUCAUUCUACCUGUCGACAUUUAGGGAAGCCAUAGUUGUUUAUUCCAUUUUUAGAAUACAGAAUAGCUUUCUCUUGCGUUCAAUUAUUUUAUUACUGAUCUUCAUUUUGAAUAUGUUUUGUUUUUUGUUUUUCUUCAUCCUUUCGAUGGUAAAUUCUUGCACCAGUUUAUCUUGAGCGAUGCUUCUCAUUUUAUACUGUAAUGUCUACCUGUAAUGUUAGCACUGUUGCUUAUUUUAUGAAAUAAACUGAAGAAACAAUAAAGGUUUCACACCAAAAACAACCAGGAGUGUCUCAUGUGAGUGAUCAUGUGGGCCACGCCAUGGAGAUUCUUCUGUGAUGUCUGUUUCAUGUGGACCAGGUACAGUACAACCUCAAAAGAUACAAACCAAAUAUUUUUUUGAUGUUUUUUUUUU